UGAAAACCAACAUAGCAGACUUCCGUCGUUCCUUUCACAUGGAUCUCCCUCGUUUACAUUCUCCAUCCUGAACGACAAUCCGAACAAAUGCCAUUUACACGGCAGUUGCAAACAUGCUCAAUCUCUACACCGAGACCGCUUUCGAGGUGACACCGGCGACACAAGCUUCAAUCGUCAAUCUCCAAAUCCCGAGAAAGAAUGGCUCCUACAACAAGUCCAAGUUCUCGGUGAACCGCUCUUCCCACGUCAAUACCUCGACCAAGGACGAGAAAUCCUUCUCCACUCAUAUCCUCUCAUCCCAAAGUUCGAUUUACUUUCGACAAUCAAAGUCAUACCCGAGAACAUUCCACUGGAAGGUUGUAAACAGCGGGAGAACCUUGGAGAUACAAUGCGCCGAUUUAGCUCGCAGCGAGAGUGAUUUGAAAGAAGCAUAUUACACUCUCAGAUUUGACCUGCAGGAUGAGAUCAUUCCUCGAGGCGUUGCCUUCGCAGAUCUUGACAGCGGCGACGACCUCCACGCCUUCGUAUGCACAAGCAAGAACGAAUUGUUCCACGUCCACCUCCCGACCAGUGCCUUUCGCGAUGCGGAAGUCCUUCGUAAUGACAACCUCGGCGACUGGUGCAAACCCGUCGACAGUUCGUCCCUAGACAUCAACACUGUCCACCAUGUCUGGGCUAGCAGCCCUCUUGAAUUCUUCUUGUCUUUCACAAGCGGCAAAAUACAGCGAUCCAGUCGACGCUCGGUAGACGGACACUGGAAACAUGACAUUUACGAUGACAAGACUUGGGGUGCGUCGAUACGAGGCAUCGUCAGCCGCCGCGGUCUUCAAACUAUUGAACACGGUGCGGUAUCGCUGGAUGCGAGAACAGUCCAGGCUAUGGUGACAUCGCCGGACAGCAAGUUCCUAUUCACGGUCUGCUUAAAUCACAGCCUGAGAGUUUGGAAUCUACUGGACGGAAGGAUCGUUGCAACGAAAGAUCUCCUCGAUGCCGCCCGGGACCCGAACGAUCGCACUCACCUCAAUCCCGCAGAGGACGCAUUCAUACAGAUCUUCAAGCUACCGCUUCAGAGAAAUCCCGUUCUAUUGACUUACACUCCACAAGAUGGUGGGCAAUUCAAGUUUUGGGAUCUCAAGGGUGGUGCAACGGAAAGCCUCGUCGUGGAAGAUCGAUGUCCGAAUCAGCGCCUGAGUGCUCCUGACCCAGAUCCCUCGGGAAAUACCAUUUGGUCGAUGGUUGGCUUCAAACUGGACCCCAUCUCCGACUUCCAGCCAGCCCGACUGUGGGUUCUAUGGCGAAAUCACAACUAUCACCAACUAUAUCGCUGCACUUUCGACUUUGGGAAUCUCACUAGUUCGUGGAAAGCCAACUGGGUCAAAUGUGCUGCGAGCUCCUCAUCAAAGAAUGUGCCGCCUGAUUUGGUCCGAGGUGAUUCAGAUGACCCUGCUUCGAAAUGGUUGGAGUACUUUUUCUAUCCCGGACGCUAUACAGAUACGGUGCUCGAAACUGCCUUGUCUGUAUUUGAGGAGGCUACGUCUGUCAAACUGACGGCCGCUCAGAGAUCGGGCACAUUAAGGCAUCGAAUGUGCAGCAUCCUAGCAGCAACGGCGUCCCUUCGCAAAUACGGAGAUUCCGACAUCGACUACGAUCGCUUCGUUACUGACACAGAUUCUCAAUGGCGGAACUUCUACCGUAUUGCAGAAAACAUCAACGAGAGCCGGAAUGCCCCCAUGGCAUUGGCGUACGAUACGAUCUGCGACAUGGUAUGGGUUACAAUGGCAGGAAAAUGCUGUGCUAUCAGGGAAUGCAGUAUCAUCGAACUGUUACAGCAGAAUACAAUCGAAGACAUUCCCAACUUGGAAGAAGUGGCUGCCCAGGCCUGGACUCAUCGUAAGGUCAGUGCAGAAGAUGGCGAGCCGUUCCAGAACCUUGCAAUCUUGAUGGACGCUUCCAAAAAAUUCCGGGAGUCCUUUGCGGCCGAUCUUGAAUGCGAUCUGACAGCCGCUAUCGAAGAGGAUAUGUCUGUGGGGGAAGAAUGUAUUACACCCACUAGGAUAUUCGAGAUCUAUGACGGCGUAGGUUUCAGCGAGGCUAUUUCCAAUGAAGUGUUUGAUCGACUCGAAGCUGAUCUUCAAGCGAUCGGGGGGAUGUCGUCGUUGAACAAUGAAAUGUUCCUGGGUGUGCUAGAACUCUUGGCCAAGAAGACUAAGAGAGCAAAGACGGCAUUGAGGAAUACGAUCUUUGGAAGCAGCUUGUUUUCAGCCGGUAUCCGCGAUUACAUCUCGUCUCAGCGUCAAUUGCUGAUGGAUCUCCUCGCCUUGGCCAUUUUUGUCGAAGGGGAGCUGAAUCAGGAAGAUGUCAAAAUGACCUCAUUCGAUGCUUCGGAGCUGUACCACCACCUUGCCCCCUUACUCAGACUGUGUGAUCGAAAUCUUUGGCUCGCAUCCCGUUUUCGAUACGUUCCCCUGGAGGUUCUGGGCACCGAUGGAUUACCUAAUUCAGCCCGUCAACCAUCUACAUCGCCCCAAGAAAACCAAAGAUCGGUGAGCAUCUUUGAGGAUACUCUGGGCAAAGCAGUUCGGCCACAGCCAGCCGUCGACAAGCCCCAGGUCUUUUUGGUCACUGAUCAAUUGAUUGAGAUUGAUGACUGGGCAUCCGGCAAAGACACCAUCGAAAACGAUGAUGGCGUAGUUUACCUCUUGUGCGACCUCCUCAAACAGGGUGAAAUUGACAUAGCCACGGAUUUUAUGAGGUUUCAACCCUCUACGCCGUGGUCGACUUAUGUCAAGGGGAGACUGGCCUUAGCUAGAGGCGAGCAUCCGAUGGCCGCAAUAUGUUUCAAAAAGGCAUCAUACGGACUUGCUUGUGGCAAAGCAGUUGGGAACCUUGUGGCCUUGUCUGCUGGACUACUGUCAAUUAUCGAGGCAGAAUGCUUCAAUAAUGGGCUUCCCCUCUACCUACAGCACGUUUCUCAGUUGUUCGAGACUGCGCAGGUUUAUGAUGAAUCUUCAAAAUUUGCGCAUCUAGCUCUGCAGGCUCUACAGCCUGACCAGAAGGAGCCCGUGGCCAACUUCAAGACUGAAGUCCUAUCUCGAUUAUUCAACGCAGAACUAAAGUCAUUCCGGAUUCACCAUGCGUAUGACGCGCUGGCACAAUUGACAGAUCCCGCAUUGCAGAGAUCGUCGGUCACCUUACUUGUCAACGCCGUCUUAAACCCACGAUGCUCCAUCUAUGAUGGUCGAAGUGCGGUUGAAAUGAUACAGUCACUGCCAUGGAACAUGCAUCCCAGCCUGGCCCGUCAUGUCGACCAGCACUUGGCGUAUCUGGCGAAGAAGCAGACUUCGGCCGGGACUGGCUGGUUUACUACUGAUGGUGCAUUUGACUACCUUGGGAUUCUGUAUGCGAUGCGCGUGGCUCAGAAAAACUACCGUGGUGCUGUCUCCGUUCUCUAUGAUCGACUCAAAAUGGUACGCCGGUCUGGCAGAAUGCGGAACGAUCCUCAAGCGACAACGUUGAGGCAUGUCCUAUUGUCACUUAUCAACAUGAUGGCCUGCGUAGCCCCGGAAGAAGCGUAUAUCCUUGCCGAUGCGGAGCCGGAGAGCAGAGGACGACUUGAUGCGGAGAAGACCCUGGAGGGCAAAGAGACGAACAAGAAGAGACGACGCAUCAUUGUCACGUUGGAGGAUCUGCGGAAGGAAUAUCAACAGAUUCUCGAUCGAUGCAGUAGAAUCGAGCGCGGGGACUUUGAUUUUGAAGUCGACGGCGAGAGCGAUGAAGACGAGGAAGUUCUUGCCGAUCAUUCACGACUCAAUCUCUCGUCGCAUUUUGGAGAUGCCAUGGAGUUUUGAGACGCGUUGCCCAUUAUCGACCAAGGCAGGGAAGUAGUUUACUGGUUAUUCCGAGCUAAGAGGGACGAACACAGGUAUUGUCAAAUGAAAUGGAAUGGAUGGGGCUGUAUAUCAAAAAAAAGAUGUCCAAAUUAUUUAGCGAGGGAGUUUUGCGGACCUUGUUCAAACAGCCAUCAUAGGUAGAGACACGGAGCACGCAAGCAACCAAUCAAGCAAUCAAAGAUGUGAGUUGAAAACGACCACAUUGUCCAAGCAA